ACACAUUAGAGCCACUUGACAUGUGGUCCAUCUUGCAUCCUAUACUCUUUUAUUUUUUAUUUCUUUUCUCCCCUUUGUCGGUUCUUCCACUUCCCGAAUCCCGAUCCAUCCGCAUAGCACUGAGGGCGGCGGCCGCUUCCUCUCCUCCGCGGCCGAGGUCGCUCCCCCGCCCGCCGCCUCUUGCCCGCGGCCGAUCUCUUCCCUCCGCUCGCAGCGUCGCAGCCCGUAACGAGACCGCGCUCGGUUGAGCACCACCUGGGGCCCAGCGCCCCAGCGUCCUCGUGACCACCUCGGCGCGGCAUCCGCCCUCUGCAGCCCCGGUGUCUCCGCGACCGGCUCCGGUGCGUCCGGAACGCAGCUCCACAGGUGGAUCUCCGUCCGCACAGCGCCACGAUCCUCUCUCUCCUUACCACGCCAACAGCUCGUCCCUCUCGGUCCCUCUCCGUCUGCUUGACUCUGCUCCAGCCUCAGGCCGGCCUUCGCCUCUAAAAGUUUCAUUACAUACCCAGCUUGUAGCUGUAUGCUGCAACCCUAGUCUGCGUUGUCUUCUCAAACCUUAACGUAAUUCGUAGGAGCAUCAUUAUUUAUAGAAUACGAUCUACUUUAUAGCUGAUGACAAUGUCUGCUUCUACUGCUGCAAUUCGUACUGCGAAUACAAAUGGAAACCAUGCAGUAAGUUCGGAUUCACAUUCUAGCCAAGAUGCUAGGCAGCGAACAGCUGGUAUUACAAAAAGAAAAGCAUUGCCUUCGAUUCUUCAAAAAAUUCCUAGCAAUGAUCUGAGUCAUACUAUCCGAGGAGAAUCAGUUCUUCAAAAGUCAAAUUAUUCUUCUGAAGGAAGAAAAGAUGUGGUUGCUUCAGCAACUGCUGAACGCCAAAACAAAAACACUACAAAUGUGGUUGCUUCAGCAGCUGCUGUACGCCAAAAGAAAAGCCCUACUAAACAAGAAAACGCCAACUGGGUAACUGCCUUAAGUGUGCUGGUGAAGCUGUGUCUUCUUAUUUCAGCUACUGCUUGGAUGGGGCAGGUGUUCUGGAGAUGGCAAAGUGGUGAAUUAUCAUUUACAACACUGGAUAUGGAGAACAGGCUAUCCAGGGUGGAAGGGUUCAAGAAGACAGCCAAGAUGCUUCAGCUACAGUUGGAUGUUUUGGAUAAAAAGCUAGAAAAUGAGAUUGACAAAGCAAAAGGGGUCAUUGCUAAGCAAUUUGAGGAUAAGGGUAAUAAGAUAGAGAAAAAGAUGAAGAUUUUGGAAGACAAAACUGACAAGUUGGACAAGUCACUGGCUGAGCUUAGUGACAUGGGAUUUCUUUCUAAAAAUGAGUUUGAGGAGAUUUUGAGCCAGUUGAAGAAAAAGAAGGGAUUCGGUGGUACAGAUGAUGAAAUAAGCUUGGAUGAUAUAAGGCUAUAUGCCAAAGAUGUGGUUGAGAUGGAGAUAGCAAGGCAUUCCGCAGAUGGCCUUGGUAUGGUGGAUUAUGCAUUGGGAUCUGGUGGUGCUAAAGUGGUAAGUCACUCAGAGCCUUUCAUGAAUGGCAAGAACUAUUUACCUGGUCGCAGCAAUGUGCACACAACAGCCCAAAAGAUGCUGGAGCCAAGUUUUGGGCAGCCAGGAGAGUGUUUUGCAGUGAAAGGAAGUAGUGGGUUUGUGAAGGUGAAGCUAAGAACAGCAAUAAUUCCUGAAGCCGUCACUCUAGAACAUGUUGACAAGAGUGUGGCCUAUGAUAGAUCAAGUGCUCCAAAGGAUUUCCAGGUCCGUGGAUGGUACCAAGGACCACAUGAUGAUUCAGAAAAGGAUUCAAAUGUGAUGUCUACUUUAGGAGAGUUCUCUUAUGACCUUGACAAGAGCAAUGCUCAGACCUUCCAACUAGAGAGAACCGCUCAAUCACGUGUUGUCAACAUGGUUCAGCUUGAUAUCUCCUCAAACCAUGGGAACUUGGAACUUACAUGCAUCUAUCGCUUCAGGGUGCAUGGCAGAAAGCCCGUCUCCCCCAGCACUGGAGGAUGAAGCCCUGAGCUGUGACAUGCGUGCCAAAGCGCGACAACAUUCUUGCAGCAUUUCUGCCUAUAGGAGCUUUGGUUCAGCGGUUAGCGGUUAGUCGGAGCAUUUCAGCCAGCGCCGCUGCACCAGUGUUGAUAAUGUUGAUUCUAUUCUCGCACAUUGUUGUGAACAGCUCGGAAAUACCUUGCGAGGUUUCCUUAAGCUGUUCCUAGUUUGGCAUCAAGUUCGCCUGUUUUCUCUGCUCCUCCUCCCCUCCUGUUAAGACUGCAGCUUAGUAUUCCGUUUGAAAUUGGUCGUCUCAUUUCACCAGGACUCGCUCUUAAAAAGAAGACUUUGCCAUUAUAUGGCCUACUCAGCUAGGGAGGAAAAGAAGGGGAAUGCUGGGGCCAACUGCCAAGCUAGUUAUGCACUUAUAUCUAAUCUAUUGAUUUGAAUAUGAGAGCAUGCCAAGCUAGUUAUGCACUUAUAUCUAAUCUAUUGAUUUGAAUAUGAGAGCACGCAAGUUCUUCA